GACCAAGCCUGCGCCAUAUGUGCACGCUGGAACUCCAUAUGCAUGAUUCCCCCUGUAGCCCUCAUAAACUUUCCUAUGACAGUAGUGUAAGUGACCUUAUGGAGUGUGGGCGCACUCAUGCGGUUUUCCAGUGACGCGAUGAGUGUUUGUGUGUUGUAAGGAGGGAAAGCGAUUGAGUGUUUUGCUUCGUGGUAUCUUCGUUUGUCCGUUUCGAUUUUUUGGUUCUGGGCAGAUAAUCAACAUGCUGAGACUAACGAGCACCCUGUCCUUCCUUCGAAAGUGUUCGGUGGACCAGUGGAGGGUCAACUUCACCAUAAGAUGUCUGGCGUGCGUGACGCUUGGCAGCGGGAUCGUUAUUUUCCUGUCAACCUUCUUUGAUCUUAUAGCAUCGAAGAACCAAGUAAAAGUGACAAGCUUCGACCACCUGAACUGCUUCGCAUCAGUGGAUCUACGACGAAACAUAGCCAGGGAUCUACGGAACGCUCUUAAUGAUCUUAAAAGAGCAAAAGAUUACAACCUGCCGCCCAUGGCCCACAACUUGUUGCAAAUUGAAGGAAUUCUUGGGAGGCUCGACCCUCGAAUGUUGCCCGUGGCGAACUCUGAUCCUGCGACGCAGAUGAGACAACUUACAGCAGAGAAUAGCACGGAGUGGGUGGAGGUGUGUCCAGAGAAGUACAAAGGACAGGAUCCAGAUGACUUUUAUUACACGACUGCUUUCACAAGCGAUUGCCCCAAUAAAGUGCCGACAAAAGAAUUCCUGUCAAUCAUCAUCGAUGGUACCGAUUAUAAAAAAUCCACUUUGGAAACUCUGCUGGCCAGCAUUUCGGAAAGAUACAAAGACGUUAAGUUAUACGUAGCUUUGACACAGAGGAGCAACACAGAGAUAAUUCGCAGAUACUCAGCCGUCACCGCAGUCCGGGUCACUUCCAGCACCCCACCUGCAGUCCGCUGGAUGCGACUCAUCAGGCAGGUGUCCACAAAAUACGUCCUUGUUGGUUACAACAUGGCUGCCUUUUCCCCUGACACCGAUCUGGAGAGGCUGGUCCGCGUCUUGCGACUCGUCCCACACGUUACGUACGUGUCGGGAGCAACCCGGAACGAGACGGGGCAUUGGACGGUCGAGUGCUACCAGGCGCGCCUGGAACUCUAUGGAAUGGCCCUUCGGGAGGGCUACACCAGCUCCGCCGAGGAUUGCAUGUACUGCGACGCCGUCAACGGACCUUUCCUCACUACGACGAAGUCACUGAUUUCUACGCCCCUAGACGAAAGGUUGCCCCUAGAUGUUGUCUUCUUCGACUGGUUUUUAAGAGUCCGUGCGGAUGAUGGUUUGGGUAUGGUCUGUCCGGAUGUGUUGUUCUUCGUCAGCGGCGACAUGAAGAAGUCCUUGCAAGACCAUGGCUCCUGGAGGAAAUUAGCUCAUAAACUUGGAGUGACGGAUGUUUAUUUACCUGCCCGAAAUAUACACCACUUCACAUGCGAAGAAGCGGGACUCUCAUGCGACGACCGAACGAAUGACUUGGCUUCUCCGCCCUGCUGCGUCGCUCGUCUGAGCAGAGCGUUGCGGGAGGCCAUUGCAGCCUUCGACAGGGCGGCCGUGAGCGUCCAUAUAGCGCAAAACACCGUUGUGGGUGGUGUGAAGGGUGGAUUGCAACCCUGGGAACCUGACGUCUACCUCACCACCGGAAGUACCUACCUGGAAAUCGAAAAGGUUCUCACAGAACUGCGUCGAUUUGGCUUUCUUAUACAUCUUACGGCUAAAGAUGGAAUUCGCGCUUACCGCCUACGAGCUCACAACCAUAACAUAAUUCUGUCCGUUCGACCAAUCAACAUGGGAGGCAGUUUACCCGACGGAGAUAAGGAGACGCCGACUCGCAUUCACAUCGGGAACGGCUGGGUCCCUGCCCCUCCCAAUCCAGGCCUCUACGCCCGAGGACUUCAGGGUCAUGGAAGCCUUCGGCACAGACCAACAAACGGAACGUGGCCUCGGUGUAGGGACCCGGAUCAUCAUGCAUGUCUCGACCAUCUUCCUCUAGACGGGUCUUGGUCUCGUCUUCGGUAACGAAGGUCGAGUCUCUCUCUCUCUCUCUCUCUCUCUCUCUCUCUCUCUCUCUCUCUCUCUCUCUCUCUCUCUCUCUCUCUCUCUCUCUCUCACUUCCAUCGUACAAGAUGUGGGCUAAUCUUAGGAAUAAUUGGUGACUAAUUACCUUGAAUUUUACAUUCAUUCAAUCUCUACUGAUGGCUAUCUAAGAUUAUAAGUAAUACAGAAUAAAUUUAUACUACUCACUUAAAUCAUCUUUAUACGUUUUUAGUUUCAAGUACUCAUAACAAUUUUAAAAACUAUCCUAAAAAAAAAUUAAAAUAUUAACUAUUAUAUGUCCAAAAUAGCAACAUAGAAGUAAGGUCUGCGAAACACAUAAUUGCAAUGUUAUGAAGAUUGUGAUACCACUCAAGAAAUUAGUUACUUACAUUAUCAAUUUAGAAUUUAGAUGUUCUCGUCCCACACAUCUCUCUCUCUCUCUCUCUCUCUCUCUCUCUCUCUCUCUCUCUCUCUCUGAGAGCCUUCUAUCAAAGAGACUUAAAGGAACAUGGCAACUGGAUAUAUGUAAUGAUCAUAGAAAAUAAGAUCAAAAUAAGAAACCUGUCCUCCGAUAGAAGACGAAGAAACUUUGCUCACUUCAGACUGAAACACGUACGUGAAUCUCCCUCAUGACUCAAGCCUUAACUCAUUGUAUUGUGGGACCACAUUCUGUGCCUACACUAUUUGCAUAAUAUUGCUGUAGUAGAAAAUGAAAAUGAGUAGUAGGAAAUACAUUUUUAUAACUCGAGUAAUUUUGGUUUCCUGUUAGAAAUAAAUUCCAGUUUUGAUGACUGAACUUUGUGAGUCGCUAACAGAAAACAUUCUGUAUUGUACUUUUUUGUAACUGAUAUUUCUAUUUAAGGGCAUCAUAACCCAAGGUAGAGCAAGCAUUAGAAUACUGAUAACUAAGAUUAUUAUAUUUAACCACAUGUAUGUUUAAUUUAUGUGGAGCUCAAUAAAAUAUUACUACAAUCUCAGUUGGUAGUUCGAUCUGUAAAGAAAGAAUCGUUGAAUGCAAAACAUUUGGAUUCAAGGACAAAAGCUGACUCAAAACAGAAGUUCUCUGAAGUAGCUACUUAAAAUCAAGCUUUCUGUGAUAAUAACUCAGUCUGGCCGUGGCUUUAUUUUGCUUGCAUGCAAGCAGAGACAAUAAAAGACAUAUCCUUAUUUAUUAACGAAUACUAUUCUGUAACUUCUUUGUGAUACUAUGUUAAUCUGUUAUGGCUGAUAUUUGCUAUUAAAUGUAAAAAAAUAUCUAUAUGAUUUUCUCAAGAAGUUUUGUUUUUGUAUUUUGUAAUCGAUUGGUGCUGCUUGUCAUUCAUUUGUUAGCAUUUAUCAAAUGACGCAUUUUGUUAUAGUGUGUGUGCAUGUGCUAUAUGAUGAUGACUUAGUGUGUAAACUGUUAAUUUUAAAAUUUGUCUGUUCCAAGUUCAUAUAUAUGCUUCCUAAUUCUUUCUUUUAAGAACCUAUUGCAAUGUUAUUUCUAUUUCGUUUGAAAUAGUUGUAAUUACCUCAUUCUUUUCAUGAUAUUAUGACUUAUUGUUAUUUUAUUUUUAUUGCAUAUUCUGUCCCUUAUAUACCAUGUAUUCCGUGUAUAAUUUACAUGUGAAGAUUUUAGCAUUUUCUAACAUAUAGAAAUAAAUUUUAAAUGAGGUUUUUGUACUGAAAUUAUAAUUUAACUAUUAAAUAUGGUUAUAUAUUCCAAUUUUUAUAACAAUAUAAGAAUUAAGCGCCUCGGGAUACACACAAAAGAUGGGCCUUAUACAAUACAUAUUUACUAAAAAAAAAAAAAGUCCUUAGGAUUCACAAGAAGGCAUAAUCAAAGCAUCCUCAUCAGCAUGAAAAAAUUAUAUGUAUUUCUAGUGUUUCUAACUUUGUAAAGUUUUUUCUAAAGUAGAUACAAUGCAGUCACUUCAUGGUAUAACUAAUGUUACCAAACAAUUUUACCUUAACUGUAAUUUAGCGGGGUUGUCCUUUGUUAUAUUUGAAAAUAUAUCUUUUAUGUUGAAUGUUUCAAUCCCUUUGAAAAUAUUGGUAUAUUACUUUCCUUUUCCUGUGGUAAAUAGAUUUAUUUCUUAUUCGUAAGAGACUCUCGUAUGUAUCAAUUACAUCCGUCACAAUUUUAGACGUAUGUUACCGGAGUUUGAAGUCUUUUGAACAAGUGCUAGAAAAUUAAAUUUAUGUAUUAUUAUUGUUUUGUCAUUUUAAUUCCGUAGAGUCCACUUGUCUCUUUAUUAAAAAAACAUUAAUUCAUCUCGCCAGAAUUUAUCAUAAAUUUUUUUAACAUUUAUUUUAGAUAUUUUUGAUGUUCUCAAAUUGUCCCAUUCACUCCUUGAGUGAGCUAUUUUAUAUAGUGAAAUGCAUUUACAAAUUAUCCAUAUGGUCGUACUUGUGGUAAGUUUUAUAAGCUUAUAUUGCCCUUGAGGGAAUCAGUAUGAUCAAAGUGUGUGUGUUUGUGUGUGUAAUGUCAUUUU